UGCGCAGCCACCGCCGCAACUCGCCAUUCGAGAGCACCGCGCUGUCUCCACUCCACAUCUGCUGUGUCUAACCUACGCUCGAAGAGGAUGGGCAUUGUGUUUAGUGGACGAUGCUACAGCAAGGCGCGUCUGGACAACAAAACGGCCAUCAUCACUGGCGCCAACACAGGCAUCGGUAAAGAGACUGCGUUGGACCUGGCCCGCAGAGGAGCGACCGUGGUGCUAGCGUGCCGAGACGAGCAGAAGGCGGAAACAGCGGCGGAGGACCUCCGGAAGCGGUUGCAGAGCUGUGAGGGGGCGGGGCAGGUGCACGUCCAGAGGCUGGACCUCGCAUCUCUCACUUCAGUUCGCGCCUGCGCACGACGGCUCCUGGAGCAGCACCCUAAAAUACACCUGCUCAUCAACAACGCCGGCAUCAUGGCGUGCCCGCACGCCGUGACGGAGGACGGCUUCGAGAUGCAACUGGGUGUCAACCAUCUCGGCCACUUCCUCCUCACGUGCCUUUUGCUGCCCAGGCUGCGUGCGUCUGCUCCUGCCCGCAUCGUCAACGUCUCCUCGCUGGCGCAUUUAGGUGGUUCUAUCGACUUCGACGACCUGAUGUGGGAGAAAUCAUACAACGCGACUUUCGCUUACGCGAGAAGCAAGCUUGCCAAUAUCUUGUUCACCAAAGAGUUGGGUAAACGACUUGAAGUUGUCCGGAAUCCUAUAGGUACUGGCGUGACAGCAUACAGCUUGCACCCAGGAGUCGUUGCGACUGAGCUCAGCAGACAUUUCGACUCGGCGUACUUCCCUGGGGUGACCUGGCUCUUUAACAACAUGGCGCGCUUCGUCAUCAAGUCUCCUGAGCAAGGGGCGCAGACCUCCAUCUACUGCGCUGUCGAGGAGAGCCUCAGCAAAGAAACUGGACUCUACUACAGCGACUGCCAGCGGAGGAUGCCGUCGAGGCGGGCUCGGGACGGGGAGACGGCGCGUCGCCUGUGGGAGGAAAGUGCGCGACUCGUCGGCCUCAAAGAGUGGGACCCGUGCACCGCGCCCGACGGCUCGCAGCCCUUCUGAACGCUUCUGCAACUGACUCUUACUCAGCUCUCACACCGUCACACAGCUAGUGACGAAACGUCGGCAAACGGGCGGAAAACCGUCCUCCUUCUAGCUUUCGGGAUGAAGGGACUUCCUCUGUCACGAGAUAAAGGAGUAAGAGCACACAAUUCAGUAACCGAAAUCGAAACUCAUCCGUAAGCCGACGAUAAACAGUAUUUUACGGUAAAGGAUAUACAGUCCAAAGGUUGUGCAUAUGUGGUCGAGGAUAAGUGGAGGAAAGGCGCGCAUGUGUGUGUGUGUGUGUGUGUGUGUGUGUGUGUGUGUGUGUGUGUGUGUGUCAGGAACAGAAAGCCGACACUCCUCUGUACCUCCAGUAUAAACUGUAUACAUUUUCUUAUGAAAAAUGCUUCUCUCUCUCUCUCUUUCUGUCACUCACUCUCUCUCUCUCUCUCUCUCUCUCUCUCUCUCUCUCUCUCUCUCUGUCUGUCUGGCUCUCUCUCUCUCUCUCUCUCUCCCUCCCCCCCUCCCACUCUCUCCCUCCCAUCCCUAUUAAGUAAUAACGUAUAGCGAGUCAAUAAAAAUAUUAAUCGACCUGCAUUUUUACAUCAGAUUAAUCGUCGCUUACUAUUUGCGUAUGCAACAGAGAUCGAGCGAUGUUGCUUAAGUGUAUCUACCUGUUUCUAAUAAAAAGGGAGUGUCUUAUACUGUACACAGAGAAUCUACUACUUACACGAUAAGUUUCAUAUAUGAACUCAGCCAUGACACACGUAAGUAACGAUCUUUCAUACAGUCAGAAUUGCUCUAGCGAUUAAGUUACCUCUCCACCAGCACAUCUGCGCUGAAGAGACAAGACUCUUGGCGUUCAGAUUGUGGAUUUAAUCAUUAGACGAGCAAACGAUGUCAUCAAUGUGCGAAAUGAGCGAGAAUGUUUAUUAAACAAAACAUUCACGUCACGCUGAUAAAUGACUAUCCAACGAAUACCAAUUCGUCAAGCAGAUGCAAGUGCCAAAUACGAGGUCGGUUCAGAAAUUGUUUGCGACAUGAGUUUUCAGAAGACGCUACUACUCGUACAAGUAACGACUUUUACUAUUUGUUUUAACUCUACAUUCUUAAGCCACUACACAACAAAUUUUCCUGCAACUUAACGGGAUUUAUUUUAGCUAUGGACAAGCUUCAAUAUGCAGUCUCGCCGUAGAAAUUUGCCACUAGAGGCCUUAACCAUCAUUUCAUGAAUUCAUGAAGUUUCUCAUCGUUUGCAUUAACAGUAACAUAUGUCCUGCCUUAUCUGUUUGCCCAGUAGGUACAUUAUUGUCGGCUGUCGACAUACAUUUUAUUUUCUGUCAGUUAUUCCAAAGUUUCGCUUGCGAUACGUGUACCAUAAAGAAAAGAAUAAAAAACGUAUAUAUGUAUGAAGCAUGCAUUUCCCAAAUAGAGAUAAAAUUAAUAAUAUCAUGAUGAUGUUUGGUUUGUGGGGCGCUCAACUGCGCGGUCGUCAGCGCCCGUGCAAAGUCCCAAUCUUUACACAGUCCAAUCUAGCCACUUUCACGAAUGAUGAUGAUGACAUGAUGAGAACAACACAAACACCCAGUCCCCAGGCAGAGAAAAUCCGCAACCCGGCUGGGAAUCGAACCCGGGACCCCGUGAUCAAGAGACAGCAACGCUAGCCACUAGAUCGUGAUUUGCAGACUAAUAAUAAAAUUAUGCUAUAUAAAAUGUUACCUCUUAUAUCAACAUUUUUAAAAUCAACCAGUUCCAAGAUUCGUAAUUUUGCUUUACUAAUUAAGAUGAGUCCCCACAGUUAACACUUACUGUAAAUAUUAUUGUUCUGUACAUGAAACUGUUCUUAGCCACCUUUUUAUAGUAACGUUUUUAACUACGAAUCUGCGCUCUCCGUUUGUCUACAUCUACAUCCAUACUCCGCAAGCCACCUGACGGUGUGUGGCGGAGGGUACCUUGAGUACCUCUAUCGGUUCUCCCUUCUAAUCCAGUCUCGUAUUGUUCGUGGAAAGAAGGAUUGUCGGUAUGCCUCUGUGUGGCCUCUAAUCUCUCUGAUUUUAUCCUCAUGGUCUCUUCGCGAGAUAUAGGUAGGACGGAGCAAUAUACUGCUUGACUCCUCGGUGAAGGUAUGUUCUCGAAGCUUCACCUCUCUCUCUCUCUCUCUCUCUCUCUCUCGCCCUCUGUGAAUGUGUGUGUGUGUAUUAUACUAUACAUUCCAGAAUGCAAGACGGCCUUCAUGCACAUACAUAUAGUGAGCAAACAUGGUAAUGGACCAAAGCAACUAUCAUAAACUGCACCCGUGAAAAAUAUAAUCUCCUUUUCUGUGGUUAUCUUAUGUGUGAUGUCAUGAAUGUCUUUUUAUAAACACAGAAAAGCUGCUAGAUUUAAGAUAAGUUUCAUAUGAGGUAUUAAACCUAAAACAAACACUCAUAGUUGUUUGCACAUUCAGAAUAGUCCUUAUCGUCUCUGUUACCUCUCCAUUUAGAACCCUUUCUCGAGAGGACCUGUUUCUUCGUGCUCCGACUCUGUAACAAAGCAUUACACGAAUCAAUAUGUGUGACAAGUGAAGAUAUGUAAACAUAUUAUUAAGUAAUUUGUAUUUCCAUCUUUCACUGACUUCUCGUUAUUUUUUACUCGUCAUAGUACGCGACACCGCAAGCUACUGGUCCGCACUAAAUUUAUUUCCUGCAGUGUUUUAUAAGAAUUAUUUCAUAUUUGGUAUAGUUUAAAAAACAGAAAUUUAGACAAAAAGGAACUAAUGAAUCGUUAGAAGUUGAAUAAACGCUAGUGUAUUAAGUGAUGUAAGUUGGCAAAGACAUCGUAGGUGCAUUAAAUGCAUUUUUUCGCAACAGUUGCUUCACAAUAGUUAUCUGUGAGACAAAUGGUUUGGUAUUUGUUAACCUGCAGUAUCAGCAUUACUUGUAAGAGAAAGAUCCAAUUUUGAUAUCCAUUUGAUGAACAUAUACUUUUGUUUCGGAAUUCAGUUACGGAAAUUGAAUUUUCACUUCGUCCAGUUGUAAGCAGUUUUUACCGUAUAUCUUUCUAGCAUAUCAAACAAUGUAUAUGAAGAACCAUAAUGUGCUAUUUACGAGAGUCGAACUUUUGUGUACAGUCAUACAAGUGUUGCACUACUAUUUAAUAAAGUGUAUAAAUAUGUAUGAUGUUGUGUUGCACAUAGUGUAAAUAUCAAAAUGACGUUUUAUUUAGAGUUUUCUUUGUCACUGGAAACAAAAAGUUAUUUUUUGUUGCACUCACAUAUGUUAUUAUGUCCACUGUCAUUUUCCAUUCCUAGCACAAAUAAAAUCGAGAAGAAAACCAAA